AUGUUUGUCAAGAUGUACUCAUUUCUGUUGGCAGCAGUUCUUUUCCGAUUGGUUGGUGCUCCUCAUUCGGAAACCGUCCAAGUAAUCCGUGAACUAAACCAUGUUUUUCAAACGGAGCUCAAUGUGUUUAUCGACUUCGACGACUUAUAUAGCUCCAAUAUACUCAAAAAUCUGGACACACCCAGAAUCCUACUCAGCUCAAAGUUGAGAGAGCCUAGAGAUUUUCAAAUUCGGGGAAACUUCACCGAACGAGCUAUAGUCAUAGUACGUUUGAUGGAGUUCGGACUAGAUCCAAAGGUGGCCAGCCUUUUACCACAUUUGAUGGACAAGCUCCAUGAGCUCCAUACGGUAUUCAUGAGCAUGGAAGAACCAGCGUUCCUCAAACAGGAACUCUACACCUACUGUUUUAAAGAGGGUUUAAUAAAUGUGAUUUUGCUGAAUGGCAAGGACCUGUACAGCUACCUGCCAUAUCCAUCCGUACAAUCGAUUACGCUUGCAAAUAUAUCACAGUAUAUGGAUCGAGGAAGAAUCAUUCGCAAUUUCCAAGGAUACCCCGUACGCAUACUUCGAAGCACAUUGGCUCCGCGGGAUUUUGAGUAUUUUAACGACCAAGGAGAACUGGUCCGAUCCGGGUAUUUGUUUUUGGCUGUCAAGGAGCUUACGAACCGCUACAAUGCCACACUCGAAAGUGUGCCGAUGCCAGAUCUACCGGAUUACGAAUUAUACUUAGCUGUUACGGAAAUGCUGGUCACCAAAAAGAUCGACAUUGUUUGCUAUUUCAAAGACACCGGGUGGGGUGGGAUGGCUUACACAGAUCCACUUUCGAUCCUUAACAUGUAUUUCAUGGUUCCCCACGCCCGACCGAUUUCCAGUUAUUUGUACUAUUCGAAACCCUUCAGCUGGCCUCUGUGGUUGGUUGUAAUUUCAACUGUCGUUUACGGUACACUAAUGCUAAGACUGACCUCAGCAGGAGCACGAAUCGAUAUUGGAGAGUGCUUCCUGUACAGCCUCAGCCACAUGCUGUACAAUAGCCACCAAAACAUCAGGACUGCAUGUUGGAGAGAUGUAGUUAUUCACGCUAUUCUAACAAUUGGGGGUUUCAUAAUAACGAACAUCUACUUGGCAUCGCUGUCUAGCAUCUUGACAUCGGGAUUGUACGAAGAGGAAUACAACACAUUGGAAGAUCUAGCCAAGGCUCCCUAUCCCAGUCUCCACGACGACUACUACAGAACCAAAAUGAAAGGGAAUACAUUUCUGCCAAAAUCUCUUCGGCGGAAUAGCAUAACCUUAAAUGGCUCCUUGCUGGUGGCCUACCGAGAUGGUCUUAACAAAAGCUAUAUAUAUCUGUUGUACGAGGAUCGGCUGGAGCUGAUCCUUAUGCAACAGUACUUGCUGGCGACGCCGCGUUUUAUUAUGAUUCGAGAGACAGUGGGCUUCGCUCUCGAGUCCUACUGCGUCUCCAACAGUUUGCCAUACUUCGGAAUGGCCAGUGAAUUUAUGAGGCGACUACAGGAGCAUGGCGUCAACAAGAAAAUGAAGGCGGAUACUUUUCGGGAGCUGAUUAGGCAGGGAAUCUAUACGCUGAUGCGGGACGAUGGAACUCAAUCCAAAGCAUUUAACUUGGAUUACUACCUCUUCGCCUUUGGUUUGUGGUCUGUAGGCCUGCUGCUGUCCUUGGUUGCUUUUUCAAUGGAAUUGGUUAACUACCGAUGCUAA